CUCCAUCAAAAGGAGUGGCAAUCGAAGCUCCUCCAGCACAUUUCGAAAGCAAGAGCACCAAGACUUAUCGCAAUGGGGAUCGACUGUGGGCUUCGAAGAAUGUACAAUAGCCUGUCGCCUUGCCGACUGGUGCUCUCACUUGCGGUACAACUCAUUGUUGUCACCUUCGUGAUCUCCGAAGUUGCCUCCCUGUCUUACAACAGCUUUGGUUCGGUUCUGAAAGAUGAUUUAUUGUCUGCGCCAGUGAGCCAAAACCAAGAUCCGAAUUCUUCGAAGAAAGGUUACUGGUGCGAUUAUUGCAGCGUUGGUUUCAACAAGCGCAAGAGUCUCAUCGAACACUUGAAYGGGAAACGCCACAAGGCGGUGGUUGCCGAUGGGGAUGCCGUCUGGGAGGACUACGUCGAACUCGGAAAYCGCGGUGCUUCUCCAUCCGUCUUUUUCGACGAAUCCGUGACCAAAAUAGACGUGGCACGGGCGUGGUCCCUGGACAAGUUCAUGGAAGGCCUGCGGGCCAGGAGCAGAAGUUCCAAGGCGAAAUUUGUGGCGAGCGGAAUGGUCGGGACGCCGGGCGCAUCGCCGUCUUCCUCGCACACCGGGAACAACUUCCAGGGCGGCGCGGGCAACCAGAUCGAUCCGAGGCUGCGGCUGCACGACCUUCCCCCCUCGAAACGCGCGGCCUUGUUCCGGUACCUCCACGCUUCGUCGAGCGGGAUCCCAGGGUUGAUCGACAUGGUCUCGGCGUUGCCUCCCAAGUAYGUCCGCGUCAAGGAAUUGCUGGAAUCCGUCGAGGUCUAUUUCCAGGUCGUCGACGCGWUACUGAAGCGAAGCACGGAACAGGGCCAGAAGCCGAAGCGAUUGACCCGCGUCUACGACAUUGGGUGUGGGCACGGCCUGGUUGGAAUGCUCAUCGCCGCGAGCUACCCUUCCAUCGAGGUGCGGUCGAUCGAUCUGGUGCCGAGGGAAUCUUUUUUGGCGCAGCGCGAUGCCUUUGCAUCGACCGGAACGUCCAUGGACAACCUGGUCUUUCGAACCGGGGACCUCUCCGCGAUUGCCGAGAUGGAAGACGAGCGGGUUGGCGGGGGGGAGAAGCACACGCUGGUCCUCUGUGUGCACGGCUGCAAGGAACUCACGCACGAAUCCAUCGAGCUGGCCAGGGACCGGGGGAUGGCCUGGCUGGCCCUCCCGUGCUGCCUCCGGGCGGGGGACCACCUGGAACACCCGGGUUGUCUCCGGCUCGGGUCCGACCACACCCGGUACGCGUUGCUGUGCGGCGCCCUGGCGGGGAGGUACCACCCCGAGACCGUAGCGGCGAUCGAUUCCCGGAUUACCGGCCGYGGGAUUGUCCUGGCUUCGUCGGGCGGAGGGGACUGAGGACCACCGGUUUGGAAAAAGACCGACAGCUCCACCCCCAGCCCCCAUUCUCGGUUGGAGGGGUGCGUGACAACGGCAAAUGGCAAUGACAAUGGCAAUGGCAAUGGCUGUUAAUGGCAUCCGACGGGAGUGUCGUAGCGGAGCAUUCCCGGUCAGGAAAGUUCUUCGUAAAAAACAACGGAAACUGAU